CUGUUCUGUCAGAGACUCAACUUCAGCGCCGCUGAGGAGUGUUAGGCCCAAGCACAGCCAUGGCUACCACCCAGUCAGUCGUAACAGUAGCUGUGUGUGUCCUGAUGAUUACUGAGCUCAUCCUGGCCCAGAAGGAUUACUAUGAAAUUCUGGGGGUGCCGAAAGACGCAUCUGAGCGCCAGAUCAAGAAGGCCUUCCACAAACUGGCCAUGAAGUAUCAUCCAGACAAGAAUAAAAGCCCAGAUGCUGAGGCAACAUUCAGGGAGAUUGCUGAAGCAUAUGAAACGUUGUCUGACGGCAAGAGGAGAGAGGAAUAUGAUGAGAUGAGGAGUAGCCCCUUCUCUAGAGAGCACACGAGAAGCAGUGGUGAUCAGUUCCACCAGCCAUUCAGCUUUAACUUUGAGGACAUAUUUAAAGACUUCGAUAUGUUCGGACAGCCCACACACUCCCAGCACAAAAGGCAUUUUGAGAGCCACUUUCAGUCCCACAAGGAGACACACAGAAGCAACAGACAUUUCCACAGUUCUUUUGGUGGUGGUGGUGGCAUGUUUGAUGAUAUGUUUUCAGACUUUUUCUCAUUUAACGGACACUCGGGUGACAAGUUCCAGCACGCGGGACAACAACAGAACUGCAGGACUGUUACACAGCGUAGAGGAAACAUGGUGACCACAUACACAGAAUGCUCCUGAUCCCAAGUUUACUGAUGACUAAAGACAGUCAUUAAGAGGUUUAGUUUGGCAAAGUUAAAGAAAUAGUUUGACUGAAAGAAGAAUUUCAGUUUCAAAGUUUUUAGCAAUCACCAAUUUAUAAUACCAACAAUACAGCUAGUAUAUUGAUUUUUUUUUUCUAUUUUGUUUAUGCAUUUUCUCCCAAUUUAGCAUUGUCAAUUUGUCUUCCGCUGCUGGGGGAUCCCUGAUUGCAGUCGAGGUGGGUAUAUUGCUGCUCACGCCUCCUCCGACCCGUGUGCAGCCCUUAGCGAAACCCUUUUCACCUAUGCACUCUGCACAGGCGCCUCUUUAUCUGCCAAUCAGGGUCCUUACAUAGCGUUUGAAGACGCCACGCACAUAGUCCGGUCAUCCCGCCCUAGCAGAACCAUGUCUGCCGCAUACACUGCCAGUUAUGCCCACUAGAUGGUAUAUUGAUUUUUAUAAAAAACAAAAACGAUAUUCAGUCUGGGUCUGUCACAAGUAUUAUUAUUUUUUGGCCAGCAGCUAGCUGUCAUACAAAGUAUUAUUAUUCUGCAAUCAAGUACAUUAAGCAUAAAUUGUUAAACUAUUGAGUGUAAAUUGUACUAUUUUAGUAUCCCAACAAUAAUAAAAAUAAUAAUUGUUUAUACUAUAAAUAAUAAAGCUUCUUUGUAAAAAAAAAAAAAAAGAAGAAUAAGCACAAAAUAAAAAAGCUACUAAACUAUAUGGCCAAAAGUACAUGGAUACUUGAUCUCUCGUCUUGUUAAGAGUAUUAAAAUAUAUCAAAACACUUCUGACAUGCUUUGUAGGAUUGAUUACACAGAUUAAAUUUUUUUACAAAUCCAUUAUAAUCAUUACAAAAUCCUGACUAGCUAGAACUGUGGUAAGACAAAAUAGUAAUAUUAGUGACAGGCCUACUCUAAUCUCAAACUCAAAUUCAUGCUGCGUUCAAGCGCUGUCAUAACUGAAUAAUACGGUUUUUUUCCAACUCGGAAAUUGCACUCCAACAGCUAACCUUCUUUUACUGCAAAUGUGGUACUUCAGUUCAUUUUUCUUAAUAACUGCAUUGAUAUUGAUAUUCUGAUCAUGUGGAAACGUUGUUUACUCUAGAAUCAACUAAAUGUAAUGCAGCACUUCGUUCAGUCUGAUGAGGACAUAGCUAUAAGCUAUAACCAGCACAUGAACAUAGAAGGACAAAAGUUUUGCAACAUAACAAAGAACAAAUAGAAUAAUAUAUUGCAGAUUCCAGUAAUUUCCUUUUCCAUGAUUUACAGCUAAUUACCAGGACUAAGUGAAGCCAAAUUUGCUAGUAAACCAUGUUUAGCAUAAUUCAACAAAAUCAAACUAUUUCUCUAACAAAAUCAAACUUUGUGUACAGCAAUCUUCCUGAAAUACAGUGCCUGUAUCUGCCUUUUAUGUACGCACAGGGGAGAACUGAACAGUCCUUGCGUUUUGGGAGCACAGUGGGCAAUAAGUGACUUAUUUAUGGGCAAAACAGCAGUGGGCAAAAGAAGAACAAUUGAACCUGUUUUCCUUCAGCAUCAGGCCAUUGCUCACCAUUGCUCAUUGCUCUAUACCAGUCUUCGCUGUGUUUCACUUCCUGAGCUGAAGCCCUAGCCUUCUGAGCCAAUAGUGCCCAUUGAUAUCCACAAUAUAUUUACAAUGCAAUACAAAUACAAUAAGGUUGUCACAUGUGCAACGAUGUACUUUUUUCAGCUGUUGGUUGAAUCCCUUUUGUUGAGAUUAUUAAUACAUGAUUUAAUAACCUCUUCUGUUUUGUAGGCUUUACCUACCAGCAAUUUACAUAUGGUUUUCUGGCAAGGGCUCAAUAUGUUACCAAAGAACUUAUUUUAUCUGAACUCUGAUGGUCUGGGUGGCAGCAGGCUGAAAGGUCAGUCCAGGCUUCUGUAUUUCCACUUAGAUUCCCAGAUGAUUUUGAGUGGGUGCCUCAUAUCAACAUGAGUCGGGUCCUGGCCAUCUCGGUUGAAACCAUGCCUGUGUUGUACUGUGGGUUUCUCCCACCUUCCAAAAAUGGAUUUGCUGCCUGAACAUGUAUGUAAGUGUAUAUGCUGGUUUUUGAUGUCAUGAAUUGGUUUGGUUGCCUGGGGUUGUCCAGGGUUUAUUCCAGUGUAUCUGAGAGACACUGGACCCACCCAAAGUUACAGCAGUUAGUAAAACAUUUUCAUCACUUAUUCUGUUUUAGAAUUUCUGUUUAAAUUGUUUUCCAUAGCAUGAUGGCCAGUAAACUGAGGAUUUUGUUUUUGACUUUCUUAAGGCAAGUGUUGUUUUUUUCUCUCCAAAUAAAUACCUUUAAGUAUAGUUUUCAUUACAAGUUGCACAGGAUUGCCAUCAUGUCUUCUCUUCUUACUGAUACCUCAUGUCAUAUCCUCAAUGGCAUACAAAAUAAUGUGCAAUAAUCUGUGUAAUAAGCACUUUCAUGUUCUUAAUUUAUCUAUGCGAGCUGUUUACUUUACAGAAUGCACCUAAAUAUUAAAUGAUUUAUUGCAAA